ACAGAGACCAAUGAAAAUGUCCAACGCCGCACGCUCCGCCUUUUCCUCUAAGACUGACCAAUGGCAUUCAACUUCCAAAGUCGCGCAACAUUUCCUUUAUCCCUUCUACCUUUGUUGUACGAUAUCUAUAUUUUUUCUUUUUAAUAUGUAAUAUAUAAAGUACACUGAAGAAUUCACGGUGUCGAAUCGGAUGAAGAUCUCCCAAAGCUUCGAUUUUUUGUUUAACUUUCCGAGGUCUCAAUGGAAGCCCGCUAACGACAACGAGCUAGCUAACGUUACAGGAGCUAACUUUAGCUAGCAGCUAGCUGUGUAUAUUCGUGUUAUUGUUCUGACUGAAGAACAUAUUUCAAGAGAAGAGCUUCAGUUCCGUUAUCAAAAUGACGUCUGCCUCUGCGAAGGUGGGUGAGAUUUUCUCAGCAGCAGGAGCUGCCUUCACUAAGUUGGGAGAGCUGACCAUGCAGCUGCACCCAGUGUCAGACUCCAGCCCUGCAGGAGCCAAAUGGACGGAGACAGAGAUCGAGAUGCUGCGUUUGGCGGUGCGUCGAUUUGGAGACGACCUCAACAACAUCAGCACUGUAAUCAAAGAGCGUACUGUAGCUCAGAUAAAGAGCACGGUGAAGAGGAAGUUGUACGAGGACAGCAGAGUCCCUAUUUCCUCUGAAUCCCCGAAGAAGACUGUCAAAAAAGUCGCAAUGACGCCGACGCCGGCCCCUGCUGCUCCCGCCAUGAUCGCCGUGCCGACCUCACAGGUUGUCGUGGCGACGGGCAUGCAGAACAGCCCCUCUUUGGCCCCACCCAUCAAGAAACAGAAGACUGCAGAUGUGACACUCAGCGCUCUGAACGACUCCGACGUGAACAGCGACCUGGUGGACAUCGAAGGACUUGGCGAUGGCUCCUCCAACAAGAAACUCAACUUUGACCAAGAGAGCCUGAAUCUGGACUCCAGCCUCAUCAUGAACUCCAGUGACCUCCCCCUCCUGUCCCGCUGACCUUUGACCUCUCAGCUGACUCCCAGGACUGCAGAAACAUCCAGAAGCGUCGUAUCGAUCCGCCUCUCAAACACGUAUACUUAUUUUUUUUUAACGCAAAGGCUCCUCUGUUACUCUCCUGUUACCUGAUGUUCAUCUGUUGAUAUUUACACACAAUUCUGUGCAUCAAUGUGUGAUUUUUAAGUUUGAGGUAUAAGAGAACAAAUACGUUUGCCUGAAAAUGUUACUUUGAAUCAAAUUCCUUUACAUUAACAAAAGUGACAAAUAAGAAGCCACCAAAUUUAAAACAACUGAUCACGUUUUUUUUAAGAAGACAUUUUAACCGAUGAACUUCAGGUCACAUUGUUUUGUUGCUUUUGUGGCAGAAUUAUGUUUUGAUCAGUGAGUUUUAGUUUUCAGGUCAGUUUCUGUUUCAGUCUCAGAAAAAGGGCAGAAAAGAAACGUGUCAGUUAUCAUGAAGAAUAAUGUGGAGCUACAGGUCAGUUUCAUCAUCUGCUUCAAAGUGUGUAAAGCUGUAGAGGCGCUUUGAUAUGAAGAAACAAUACGUUUAGGACGGAAAUAAGUUGAUAAAUCAUUCACUCAAAUUAGUCAUUUGUGGUUUCAGUACUUAUUUCAUCCCUUGAUUUAAUUAUUGUGCAUCGAUCAGUGGCCUUUGGUCCAGUGUGUCCAUGUGUUACGUACUUAACAAUUCAGUCACAUCUUCCAAUUUAUUAAAAAUAAACACAGUGAUGUUUGAAAAAAAAUGCCCUGCUUUCUGAGGCUAUGUGUCCAGAAUCCUCAAAGACUCUUUGAUGAAAAAAUAUUUGAUCAGAUGCACAACAAAAAUGUUUAAACCUGAUUCUUAGGUUGCGCCUGUAAUUCCUGAUCUCGGCAGCUGUUAUUAGUAAAUUUAUUUUGUUACACUGAAUGUAACACAGGCUGAACGUAAUUGCGUGUUCUUAUAUGAGAAUGUAAAAUAUUGGGGAAAAAAAUCAGCAUAUACCAAAAUAACUGAUAAUGCUAUUAAUAGUACUGAUUAAUUUUGAUUCACGUUGACAAAUCAAACAAGAAGUUCUGUCAUUUCUGGCCACCAUCUUUGUUUUAAUCUGGAAAAAGAAAAAAAAAAGAUUCUG